UUGCCCGUAGUACCAGCGUGGUUUCAGUGUGUAUUCUUACCCGACGGAUUUCGGGGCAUUAAUAUUUUUCCAAUAUUAUAAAUAUUUCGAGGGACUUAAUCAUAUUACGUUAAAUAAACUGUGUAACCAUGUUUUACAUGUUGAAGAGUGAACUAUCCUCUAACCGAGCGCAAGGAUGUGUUGUUACUUGUCCUCAUUUCGAGUGUCUGUCUGAAACGUGAGUAACGUUAUCUUCAAGACUCGCCGUGUUUGAGAGUCAUUUUACACGGAAAUAUGUAAAUUAAACUUCGGAAUAUAAAAUGUCGAGGGCAAGAAUUAGCCGUCGAAAUGCGGUGGCUUUAUUUCAACUAUUUGCUGUGUGUCUUUUGUGGGAGCGCUCAUUUGCUCAACAGGUGUACAACCUCAGUCUCUCAAUUGAAGAGGGACUACCUGCGAGGACUAUUGUUGGGGAUAUAAGAGCGGGGUUACAGACUCCAAGCAGUGGAUUUUUUAUAUCUGAAAGUAGAGAUUCUUAUGUUUUUAAAGACUUGGAAAUAGAUGCAGACACUGGAAUAAUUUCAACAGCUGUGGUGCUGGACAGGGAGAGCAGAGACCAGUAUGAAUUUGUGGCCGCCACUCUCACAGGUGAUGUGAUUAAGGUAAAAAUAGUGGUUAAAGAUGUAAAUGACCAUUCUCCUGUAUUCUCCACUAAAAAGGUGGAGUUGAAUGUGUCAGAAUUAAGUCCUCCAGGAACUCGCUUUGAGUUUGAGGGGGCUAAAGACAAGGAUGAGGGUGAGUUAGGAACUCGGGGUUACCGCAUCACUGAAAGUGAGAUGGGAAAUAUUUUUAAGGUGAAAUAUCGUGAGGGGGUUGGAAAUCUAUUCAACCUGGACCUCAUCCUCACUGACAAAUUGGACAGAGAAACAAGAGAUUUUUAUUCCCUGACCAUUGAGGCAUUUGAUGGGGGUAUCCCGCCUAAAACUGGGCUACUUCAGGUGUAUAUCCAUGUCUCGGAUGAAAAUGACAACCCACCUGUGUUCAAUCAGACUGAAUACCAAGCUUCUGUGUGGGAGGAUGCUCUGGUAAUGACACCUGUGUGUCAGGUCUACGCCACAGAUCUGGACCUCGGCGACAACGGGCUCGUAACCUACGAGAUCAACCGACGCCAGAGUGACCCGAAUGAAUUCUUUGUCAUCAACGGAACUUCUGGUGUCAUCCAUGUAAACAAACCCUUAGACUUUGAGACACAGCCGUUUCAUGAGUUGAUUGUCAGGGCGAGGGAUAAUGGUGCCCAGCCGGAGUAUAGCAGCACCUUUGUAGCCUUGAGGGUACUAGACAUCAAUGACAACAGCCCCAUUAUCAACGUAUUGUUUCUGAGUGAGACUGGGGAAGCCGAGGUGUCGGAAGGGGCAGGUAUGGGGGAAUACGUUGCGAGGAUAUCAGUCUCUGACCCCGACCUGGGGGAGGUCGGGAGGCUCAGGGUCACCCUCGAAGGUGGCGAAGGGAAGUUCACCCUGAAACAGACUGAUGACUUCCUGUACGCCUUGUGCGUGGAUGGCGAGCUGGACAGGGAGAAAGAGGGGCUGUACGAGUUAAAAGUGGUUGCCUCUGACUUCGGUAGCCCACCAUUGAAGAGUGAAAGCACAUUGGUGGUGAGGGUCACCGACACCAACGAUUGGCGGCCGGUUUUUGACCAGGACAUCUACACUGUGUCUGUAUCUGAAGAUGUACCCCAGGGUAGUUCCCUACUGAGUGUGCAGGCCAGAGACUCAGACGACGGGGUCAACGCAGCCAUCCUCUACUCCAUCCUACAGUCAGACCAAGACCACCUGGUCAACGUCGACCCAGAAUCAGGCCUCAUUACCACAGCAGCCAGGUUGGACCGUGAAAGGGAGACAGAGGUGCGGUUCCUGAUGGUUGCGGUCGACGGGGGGUCACCAGCCAUGUCCUCCACAGCCACCAUCACCGUUAUGGUUGAGGACGUCAAUGACAACGAGCCUGUGUUCCAGCAGCAGCUGUAUAAUGUGUCCAUCCCGGAACACACCCAGAUUGGGAACUGCUUUUUACAGGUUGUGGCCACUGAUGUGGAUGGCAGGGAUUUCGGUACGGUGCGCUACUCCAUCUCUGACGGCUUUGAUAAACAGGACACGCACCCUCUCUUCCAAAUCAACCCAGACUCUGGAGAGCUUUGCAUCUCACAGGAUAUCGACAGGGAUUCAGGCCUGGCGACCUAUGAUUUAUUAGUGAAAGCUGAGGAUCAGGGAGGUUUGAGUGCCCAGACGUAUGUCCACAUCGAGGUGGAUGACUUGAACGACAACCCGCCGGUGUUCAACCCAGAGAAGUACGUGACCAGCGUCAGCAGCCACGCACAGCCCGGCACAGAGGUCCUCAACGUCAUCGCCACUGACAGGGACUCUGGGGACUACGGUCACGUUACCUACCAGAUCCUGGCCGGGGACCUGUCCUCCCUUUUCUCAGUGGAUAAAACUACAGGUGUGGUCUACCUGACCUCCACCCUGACCCACCUUGGCACUGCGAGCAUCAAGCUGGCUAUUACCGCCCAGGACAGUGAGGGUGUGACGUCAGCCCAACCCGCGGAGGUCACGGUGAACGUCCUGCGCAGUGCCCAGGCCCCAGCAGUUUUUCAGAGGUCACGCUAUGCCUUCACCGUGCCUGAGAACGCCCUGCCUGGCACCCCGGUGGGAAUCGUGGAGGCCCUCAACCCUGCCAACUCAGUGGACUCCUUGUCGUACCGCAUCUCGUCGGGCGACCCCCGCGGUCUGUUCUCUGUCCACUCCAGUUCGGGCCUGAUCAGUACCAGCCAUCCGCUGGACCACGAGUCCCAGCCGUAUGCCCUCCUGGUGCUCCAGUGCCAUGCGGGCACCGCCUCGCCCGUCUACAGCAGCACCCAGGUCAACGUCACCAUCGCUGACAUCAACGACAACGCACCUGUUUUCCCCAAAAUGGCAGACACCGUUGCCGUGUCCCAAAGCACGCCUCCCGGAACGGUUCUGUUCAUUGCCCAUGCCCACGAUGCAGACAGUGGCGCAAACGGGAGGGUGCGGUAUUUCCUGUCACGUGGUAGUGAGGGGAGUGUGCCAUUUUAUGUGGAUGCCGACCAGGGUACAGUGUACUUAAACCAAAGCUUUUCUCGGGACCCUCGACCAAAGUACACCUUCGAAAUACUGGCGAAGGACAUGGGUGAACCUUCGCUCACCGCCACGCUGAUGCUCACGGUCAACGUGGCACGCAGUGCCACUGAAGACACCCUGGCCUUCGAGACACUAGUCUACCAGGUGGAAAUGGGCGAGGGCACCCAGAUAGACACCCGGGUCAUCCAGGUGAGGGCGCAUCAAAGCCGAGGAAGCAGCAGCCACCAACAGGGGUCCAACCCCAAUCCAGUCCUCUCCUACUCCCUGGAGCCUGACCCAGACUUUCCCCCUCCACCUCUCCGAGUCCACCCCGCGAGUGGGUGGCUCUUUCUCUCCCAAAACCUUGACUACGAAACAGAGCCCAUGUUUCGCUUCAAAGUCCUCGCCUCUGUUCAAGAUGAAACAACACUAGCUAUGGCUAACACCACCGCUACAACCAAUGUUAUCGUGCUUGUCCUAGAUGAGAAUGACAAUGCACCAGUGUUCACCAGCCUGGCCUACUUCUUCACGGUCCAAGAGGGACCUUCGCCCCAGGGCCUGGUAGGGACGGUGCAGGCGGUGGACCGAGACUCCAGGAAGAACGCGCAGCUGUCCUACAUCCUGCUGUCGGACGGGAAACACUUCCGCAUUAACACCAAAACAGGGGAGAUAAUCAACUGGGUGUCUCUGGACCGGGAGCAGCACGCUGGGCACACCCUGAAGGUGAUGGUGACGGACCAGGGCCAGCCCCGCCUCAAUGCCACUGCCACCGUUCACAUCCUGGUCACCGACAUCAAUGACAACCCACCCCAGUUCACCCACCUGCCCACCUCCGGCAAGGAGCUCAACGUCCAGGUUUGGGCAGGCCUGCCCACAGGCUCAUUGGUGACCACCAUGUUUGCCAAAGACCUCGAUGCAGGAGAAAAUGCAACCGUCAGGUUUUCUCUUACCGCAGAUGAGGAACGGGGCCACUUUGAGAUAGACAGUCAGAGCGGAGACAUACAGAGCACAGAGCUAUUCACCCAGAACGCCAAGACCCAAUACACCCUGACAGUGGUUGCCACCGACAAUGGAGCUGUCCCCCUAGAGGAGACAGCCGUCAUUCACCUCCAGGUUCAAGCUGCAGAGAAACAACACGGCGGCACCCACCUCCAAAGUGUGCGACUCUUCUCCGUGAGGGAGGACACCAAACCCGGCACUGUCAUCGGCUCCGUCCACCUCUCCCCAUCGCCAACAACCAAUAGCAGGCUGCGUUACUCCAUUGCCGAGGGCGACGGGGUCCUUCACUUCGGCCUGGACAGCUCGUCCGGAGACCUGUACCUCAACCAGCCGCUGGACUAUGAGUCUACAUCACGCUACUUUCUGGUUGUACAUGGCGAGGACGCCACCAGACCAGGGACGAACGUAACUGCAUUUGUGAGCGUAGCGGUGGAGGACGUGAACGACCACGUGCCCUGGUUCCCCUGCGAGGUGAUCACGUUGGGGUUGCUGGAGGACGUAGAAGUCGGAACGCGUGUGAUCGCCUUCAAUGCCAAAGAUGGUGACGGGAGCCUGGCCAACAGCGGCCUGCGUUACUCACUGGCCUUUGAUCCUGAGCUGGGCAGAUCAGGAGGGUCAUUGUUGUCCUCCACAACAUCAUCAUUUCCUUUCCGCAUCCACCCACUCACCGGCACUCUCACCACGACAACUCCCCUGGACCGCGAGAGGACCGUGAGCUUCACGUUCAUGGUCACCGCCACCGACCAGGCAGCAAGGGCGGUCGACCGCAAGUUCGCGACUGUGACCGCUCAGGUGUUCCUGCUGGACGUAAAUGACAACCGUCCGGCGUUUGUCUCCCAGGACACGGUCCUCGUGAUGGAGGAUGCAGAGGUGGGGAGCCUGGUGCAUCGUGUGGUGGGCGUGGAUGAUGACGUCGGUGAAAGCGGCCAGGUCACCUAUUGUCUUGUCUCUGGGAACAAGGAAGGGCUCUUUAUUUUGGAGGAGAAAACAGGUCUGCUGUACCUAGCAUCCCCUCUGGACUACGAGCUCCAGACCUCCCACUCCCUGACCAUCCAGGCCUCGGACCAGGGGCUCCCCUCCCUCUCCUCUAUCCAGACCCUGAUGCUGGAGGUAGGGGAUGUGAACGACCAGCCUCCUCUGUUCCAGCAGGACGUCUACACAGCCAGCGUUGCCGAGAACAGAGAGCCUGGGGAGAGCGUGGUCACGGUGUCCGCCACAGACAAGGACUCCGAAGAGAAUGCUGCGGUGUGGUACAGCCUGUUGCCCGGGCCGGGCUACGACUUCUUCUCCAUCGACCCCCAUUCUGGAGAGCUGAGUACCACCUCCCAACUGGACAGGGAGCUGCACCAGCACUUCACCCUCAGAGUCCAGGCUCGGGACAGCGGCGUCCAGCCCCUCUCCAGCACAUCCACGGUGCUAUGCUCGGUGCUGGACGACAACGACAAUGUCCCCGAGUUCAUGCAGGCCUCCUUUCAGCUUAGCCUGCCAGAGAACCUGCCCCCCGGGGUCAUCCACACAUCCCAGGCCUCGGACCCAGACCACGGAGCCAACGGCACCAUCACCUACGCCAUACAGGGCGAGGACUACGGCGGGCGCUUCACCAUCCACGCCACCACUGGCGCCGUCAGCACCAUGCGGGCCCUCGACCGGGAGGAGCGGCCCAGCUACACCCUCUGCAUCCAGGCCAGCGACGGUGGCCAACCCUCCCCCCUCAGCUCCUCAACCCAGCUCCUGGUGCUCCUGCUGGACCAGAACGACAACAGUCCGUCGUUUCACCGCAAGAGUUACCGCGCUUCCUUGGCUGAGGGGCUCCCCGCAGGGGCCGAAGUGCUGCGUCUGGAGGCCCGAGACCCGGACCAGGGUCCCAACGGCGAGGUGACAUUCUCUCUGGCCGAGGACACCCUGGGGGCCUUCUCGGUAGAGCCCACCACGGGGGUAAUUCGGACCACCCGGCCCUUGGACAGGGAGAGCCGUGCUCAGUACACCUUCAGGGCCGUGGCCACCGACGGCUGUGCCAGAGGUCCACGGAGCUCCGCCACCGCGGUUACCGUGCAGGUGGAGGACACCAACGACAACGCGCCUGUCUGCACGGAGAACCCCAUUGUCGGCUGGGUCACAGUGGAGACGAUCCCAAACAAGAUUGUCGCCACGGUGACGGCAGUGGAUGGUGACCGUGGUGAGAACGGGACUGUGUGGUUUAGCUUGGUGGAAAACAACCCUUUUUUCACCAUCAACGGUAAAUCGGGAGACAUACGAUUGAAUGGUUCCAUUAGUCAGAGUUUCUUGGGUGCUAACCUGCAGGUGUUGGCUGCAGACCAGGGGAGGCCAGCUCUCACCUCUACCUGCCUGGUCAUUAUUCACGUGAAGGGAGAGGACGAGCCACUGCACUUCACUGAGACGCUCUACGAAGCAGUUGUGGUGGAAAACAGCAAAACUGGCGCGUGGGUGGGAAACGUGGUGGCUCACGACCAGACCGACGACAGACGGAGAAUCGAGUACAGCAUUUUCAACGGCAACGAGAACGGCGCCUUUGCCAUCAACCGACACACGGGUGACAUCACAGUGUGGGACCAGGCCAGUCUAGACUACGAGGCCAACCGGAGGGUCCACCUGGUGGUGCUGGCUGACGGUGGCCCCAUGCGCACAGCCCACUGCCGGGUCACCGUCAUGCUGCAGGACGUCAACGACAAUGCGCCGGCCUUUGAGCAGGGCCACUACCGCACGGCCGUGUGGGAAGGCCAGGUACACAACACCUACGUCAUGCAGGUGUUUGCCUCUGAUGCGGACAGCGGUGUGAAUGGUCAGAUUGAUUACUCCAUCUUGUCUGGUAACCAAAAUGAGGCGUUCAUCAUCGACUCUGUGCUUGGGAUCCUUGCCACCAACACUGUUCUAGACCGGGAAAUCACUUCCUCUUACAAGUUGGUACUGCAGGCGUCAGACAGGGGUAGCCCUCCCCUUAGCAGCAUCACCAUCGUCCGGGUCCAAGUGGUGGACAUCAACGACAACAGUCCCGCUAUUCCCCCCAUGGAGCCUGUGGUCAUGGCAGAGAACCUCCCAGUGGGCUACAUGGUGACCCAGGUAAGCGCCAACGAUGUGGACCUCAGCUCCACCGUGACCUUCAGUUUUUUGGACAAUGCCAGCACUGCCGGGAGCUUUGCCAUUGACCGCUACACGGGCGUGGUGACCUUGACACAGAUGCUUGACCAUGAGGAACAGACGACGCACAGGCUGGUGGUGUGGGCCUCGGACUCCCUCCACCAGACCACGGCCGAGGUCCUGGUUCAAGUGCUGGAUGUAAACGACAACGUGCCCGUCUUCUCACAGGACUCCUACCAGGUGAAGUUGCCAGAACUGUCUCCUGCCAACAUGUUGAUCCUGACUGUGGCAGCCACGGACCGAGACUCUGGGCUUAACGGCAAACUCGGCUACAGACUCCUCUCGUCACCUCUACACGGCUUCUACAUACACCCAGACAACGGGUCGGUGUUCACCAACAAGCCCUUGAAGUAUGUCACCAACGGUAACGUGAUCCAGCUCCUGGUGGAGGCCAGAGACUGGGGUGACCCAGUCCGCUCUACAGUCACCUCCGUGGACAUUGUGGUCCUGGAUGCCAAUGACCACACCCCGCUCUUCCAGCAUGACGCUUACACGGUCAGCCCGCUUGAGGAUACCCCCGUCGGCACCACCUUGAUGACCCUCUGGGCAGAGGACCUGGACUGGGAGUACGAAAACACCCACCUGGACUUUGUCAUUGCCAGUGGCAACGAGGACAGGAGGUUCUGUAUAGAGGUAGGUGUGGUUGAAACAGAGAGCCAGCAGAGGACUGCUGGGAGUCUGGUUCUGUGCCAACUCCUGGACCGUGAAACCACUGAGGGCUACAUCUUGACAGUGAUAGUUUCUGACCGUGGCUCGCCUCCGCUCAACAGCUCGGCGGUCGUGGUGGUGACCGUAGCGGAUGUCAACGACAACGUGCCGGCUUUUGUCAGCACAGAGUACCAUGCUCAGGCCAGCGAGAGCAGCCCAGCAGGGACCAGGUUGGUUCAGGUGACCGCCCAGGACCCUGACUGCGGAACCAACGGUCUGGUCCGGUACGACAUCAUCUCAGGCAACAGCAAGGGUCACCUCAGGUUAGACCCCCACACCGGCGCCCUGGAGGUCAACCACAGUCUUGACUACGAGGAAGACUCCAAGUACGCAUUGACUGUCCAGGCUUCCGACGGGGGCGAACCCGGAAACCGUAAAGUAGCUUUCACCGUGGUCUUUGUUAUGGUGUUGGACGAGAAUGACAACUCACCCUACUUUAUCUUCCCCGUAGUCAACUGCUCGGUGCCGGAGAACCUUCCUGCCUUCACCCCCACCUGUUCAGUCCAUGCUAUCGACCAAGACGCUGGGCCCUAUGGCCAGCUCACCUACUCCAUCAUGUCCUCCUGCUUCAUGGACUACGGCAGUGGCAGCCCUGACAGGAAGGAGGCCUUUGCCAUUGACAGCCUCACUGGGGACAUCCACACCCGGCAAACCUUUGACUUCGAGCGGGAGAGCGACUACUGCUUCAUAGUGGAGGCCAGGGACAAAGGCGAACAGGCGGCCACCGUGCGGGUCCAGGUGGCCAUCGGAGGGGCAGACGAAUUCAGUCCUGUCUUCACCCAGAGGCAGUACAGUUUCAUUCUCCCAGAGAACGCCAAGGCGGGGCAGACGGUUGGUCAUGUUAUGGCCAUGGACCAUGACGGAGGCCUGGAUGGCAUGGUGGAGUACUCCCUUGUCAACCCCUCACAGUUGUUCUCCAUCAACAAAACAACAGGCGCAGUGUUCGUCUCGGGCCCAGUGUACCGCAAGAGAGGAAGUUUUUCCAACGAAGACAUGGUGGAGCUCUUGGUGACAGCCGGCAGUCCCAGAAUGGACUCCAGGUCCACCACCAGCCUGGUAACAGUCAAUAUCUCCAAUUCGGCUGAAGCUCUGGUCGGGGUGGCCCUUGGUGUCCAGACAGUCACUCUGGGCGUGUCGCUGGCCAUCUUCCUUCUCCUACUCGUCAGUUUCGUGGCCCUUGUUCUGAGGUACAAGACCAAAGAGGCCGCCAUCAAGAAGGCCGCUGCCCUCGCAGCCAACCUAAACACCGGCACGUUCGGCAGGACCGGCGGUGCCCAACAGCACAACUGCAUCGGCUUGCGGGAGCUGAGGGCGCCCAUCACCAUCCGAGUGAAGAGGGAGAUAUCCCUCCCUAUCCGGAACUCUGACUCAAGCGGCCGCGGCUCUGCAGAAGGUGAGACGGCUGAGGACCAUGAGAUCAAGAUGAUCAAUGAGUACCCGUGCCGCAAGAGGGCCGACUCGGCUAAGAGCAGAAGGGUCCCUGACUCUGGCUUGCCCAAGGACUCGGACCAGCUUUCCUGCCAUUCAGAGGAUGGAAACCCAGGAACGGUCGUAACCACGUUCUCCAGCACAUGUCUGGCCACAGGGAUGCAGAGCUCCGAGAGCCUCCACACCUUCAAAGAGGAGGGAGGGGAGGGGAUGCUACUGCGGGUCAGGGUGAGAGACAUGGAGGAGAGCAUGAGGGGCUACGUCCCUCUCUCGGAUAGCCAGGCCUCAGUAGACGGCUCCUUCAGCUCGCUGUUGUGUCCGGAGGAGCAGCUCCGGGGCAGCUAUGGCUGGGACUACCUGCUGGACUGGGAGCCGCGCUACCACACGCUGGCCUCAGUCUUCACCGACAUCAGCCUGCUGCCCGACGAGGACCUCCAGGGGGGCCACGAGGGCCUGGCGUCCGAAGCCUGCUGUCUCAUGCAUCCACCACCACUCAUCACGGGCGUGGCGCAGCCAGGCCUCAGAGCCGUGCCACCCCGGAUGCCCCUGAGCAGCAUGCACACCCUGACCCGGAGGCCCUCCUACCCCAAGUAUGCCUACGCGCCCCUGACCAGGAACACAGGGCUCACCCCGUCUGCCAUGACGCCCAGUUUCUCUCCCUCGCUGUCGGUGCUCACGCUGCGGACCCCCAACGCCUCCCCGGUGGUCUCAGAGACUGGGCUGGGGGUCUUCAGGCUAGACGCUGGCAGCCUCCUGGAGGGAGAAAUACAGGUGUAGACUUGCGGACCUUUUGAUAUUGACUUUGAAAAAUAUUGUAUGAUAGAUGCCAAAUACUAGCAUUAAAUAAUUUGGUUCUCAAGCUUAUUUUAAAUCUGAUUUUAACAUCACUAUUCAAUGAGUUUCUUCAAUUAGUUUCUCAACAUAAAGGAUCUACAAAUCAAUAUUGGCUCAUGUUGAACAUUUGGACAAUAUUCUGUUGAUCUGUUCAUCUGGCACAUCUAUUAGUAAGGACAUUAUACAAUGCAGAUGCAUGGGUGAAAUCAGACAUUUAUUAAAUGUCUUUGUACAAUGAAUGAUUUGCAUUGUGGUGCAUUUAAUAUUUUCAUAACUUGCUUUUGUAAUAAAGUUAUGUAUGCAAAAGCCUGAAGUCUGGUUUGCAUUGCAAUAGCACAACGCAGCACUCUGUACACGAGUGGAUGUUUGAAUCCACAAUUAAUGAACAAAUGUAUGGUCGUAAAAAUGUUUGCAUGCUAGAGACAAUGAAAUGCAUUUUUAUUUCAGUUGGCUAUAGCUUUUUGACUUGGCAAGUAUGCUUGUUGUUCUGUAAUUUAAUUAUGUCAGAGUACCAUGAGCCCAUAUUCUGUGAACUACUACAUUUCAAAUACCUACAGUAUUUGAAAUGUCAUUAACAGCUGUACAAAGAGCCGGUGCAGUUGGUGUGGGACCAGUCUUUUGAUAUUGAUGUGUGCGCUGGUUGUGUACUAUAGAUACUAACGGCAGUUUUGUGUGUAACAUUUCAAAAUGAAAAGUGUUUUCUCUCAAUUGUAAAAUGUAUAUAAGCAAAGGUCAGUUUAAGUGGGUAAAACAAUGUCCUGCUAUCUUUUAGCUCUAUGGGGCAGUUCUAACUAACUUGAACAACAAUUAGUGUACGAUUCAAUUCCACAAAGGUUUGUGACUUUCUCUUCAUUCAUUUUCAUCGUUGAACUGAUUUGUUAAUGUGGUUCAUAAAUUAAACAAUUCCAAUG